AUGACCGAGAAGUGUAGUGAAAUCGAAAAUCUUCAAGAAAAAUACGACACAUUCAAUUUACACAAGAAGGUGAAAGAAAUGGUAAACUGUAACAAGAAACGUUCCACAGCUAUCUUACGGGACCAAAAUAAUGACAUCAUCUUAGGAAUAGAAAAUAAACUACAACGAUGGAAGGAAUACGUAGAAGAACUAUUUAAUGAUAGCAGACCGAACACUCCACCGAAAGCGGAUGAAAACAUGAACGAAAAAGGACCUGAAAUUACCAAAGACGAAGUAAUUCACGCAAUAAGAUCCCAAAAAGACGGAAAAGCAACUGGCCCAGACAAUAUUCAUGCCGAAGUUAUAAAACUGAUGGCUGAACAGGACGGAAGGGGGUUGCAACUGCUGAAAAGCCUUUACUGCGUUAACCAUCAAAAAUUUAUAGAAGUCCUCAAAACAACCGGAAUAGAUAGAGAAGAAAUUCGAUUGAUUACAAAUCUCUACUGGCAGCAAAACGCAGUGGUUAAAAUUGAAGGAACAUCGUCAGAAGAAAUCACGAUUAAACGAGGUGUAAGACAGGGCUGUGUGCUGUCACCGCUCUUAUUUAAUAUAUAUUCAGAGGCUAUCUUCAAAGCUCUAGAAGGAAUCGAAUGUGGAAUUAAGAUUAACGGGAAAGUGAUCAAUAAUAUCAGGUAUGCCGACGAUACAGUUGUGCUGGCCGAGAAUGAACAAGAUUUGCAGAGGCUAAUGAAUGAAUUAGUUCGGCAUAGUGAAAACUGCGGUCUCCUCAUAAAUACCACAAAAACGAAGGUUCUUGCAUUUACCAAAACACCUGGGCAGAUUCACCUGGAUAUCAACGGUGACCCAGUAGAGCAAGUGUCUUCAUACAAGUAUUUGGGGUGUAUAGUAAAUGAUCAAUGCGACCCGAAGAAAGAAAUUAGAAGCCGCAUAGAACAGGUCAGAUUUGAGUUUGGAGCUACGGGUACGCAUGGUCAGAUGCUACAUUUUUCAGUUCUCCUGUACGGGUGUGAGAGUUGGACUCUUGACAUAUCGUUAGAAAAAAAACUAGAUGCCUUCGAAAUGUAUAUUUACCGCCGUAUAUUAAGAAUAUCAUGGGUCCAAAGAGUUUCAAAUGUGGAGGUUCUUCAUCGAAUGAGAAAACAGAAAGAACUCAUGUUUACCAUCAAAGAAAGAAAAACACGGCCAAAAAUAGGCCACAUAAUGAGGGGUAAAAAGUAUGAACUUCUCAGAUUAAUAAUUGAAGGCAAAGUCCAGGGCAAAAGAUCUAUCGGCAGACGCCAGAAUUCCUGGCUGAAGGACAUUCGUAGAUGGUUUGGUUGCUCAUCAAUCGACAUAUUUCGUAUGGCUGUAUCUAGAAUGACGUUAGCUAUUUAG